AUGAAACUAUUGACUAACAACACAACAACAGAGACAAGACUUCACAAAACGGCCCGUCAAAGAGAAACAUGGACAAAUACAUGUUAUUGAAUUCAGAGGAGUUAGAGGAGUUAGAGGAGCCAGACUUCAGGAUUGUGCUUGUUGGGAAAACUGGAGCAGGGAAAAGUGCAACAGGAAACACCAUCUUACAGAAGAAGGCUUUUCAAUCUGAAAUGUCUGCUGACACAGUGACAUCAGAGUGUCAGAAGGAAACAGGAGAGUUUGAAGGUCAAAAACUGGAGGUUGUUGAUACUCCAGGUCUGUUUGACCCCAGUAAAUCUCAAGCGAAGGUGACGAAAGAGAUCGUUAAAUCCAUGUCAAUGGCUGCUCCUGGUCCUCAUGUGUUCCUGGUUGUGAUCCAGUUGAGAAGGUUCACAAAAGAAGAAGAAGAAACAGUGAAAAUCAUUCAGAUGGUCUUUGGAGAAGAGGCAGCACGUUACACCAUGGUCUUAUUCACCCAUGGAGAUGAGCUGAAUGUAGAGGGAGUCUCUAUAGAAAAAGUAAUUGGUAAAAAUAAAGCUCUCCAUGACUUCCUCAGACAGUGUCAUGGAGGAUACCAUGUUUUCAACAACAGAGACAAAGAUCCAUCUCAAGUCCGUGAGCUGCUGGACAAGAUCAACGAAAUGGUUCAGAAAAAUGGAGGAAGCUACUACACCAAUGAAACGCUCCAAGAGGCUGAGAGAGCCAUAAAAGAAGAAAUGGAACGUCUUCAGGAAGAAAAUCCCGGUCUGGAGCCUGGAGAGGCAAGAAGAAGGGCAGAGAAAGAUAACGGGUUCAUAUUGGCCGUUCUACAAGGUGCUUGUGCUGGUGUUAAAUUCGGAGCUAGUGUUGGAGGAGCUCUUGCAGCUGAAAUUGGAGCAGCAGUUGGACUUGUGGGGGGUCCAGUGGGAGCUCUAGUAGGAGCUGCAGUAGGAGCUGCAGUAGGAGCUGGAGUGGGAGCUGCAGUUGUAGCUAUAAAUGCAGCAGUGAAAAAGGCACCUUCAUGCAGGAAGAGAAGAGACAGUAAGGAUCACCCCCCAGUCUUCAGACUGGUUCUUGUUGGGAAGACUGGGGCAGGGAAGAGUUCCAGUGGAAACACCAUACUGGGAAGAGACGCCUUCAAUGCAGCAGUCAGCCAAACGUCAGUCACCAGACAGUGCCGUAAGAAGAAGGGGAAGGUGUUCAACAGAGAGGUGACCAUCGUCGACACCCCCGGCCUCUUCGACACCUCGUUACCUGCGAGCACAGUGAAGAGGGAGAUCGCCAAAUGCAUCAACAUGUCAGCCCCGGGGCCCCACGCCAUCCUGCUGGUCAUCAAGGUGGGGCCCUUCACUAAUGAGGAACAGGACGCUGUGAAGCAGGUGGAGGAGGUGUUUGGGAAGGAUGCAUGGAAGUACACCAUCAUCCUCUUCACCCAGGACGACCAAACGGCUGCAGAGGUGGAGAGACAGCUGAAGGAGUCUGGACCCGAGCUGCAGGAGAUCCUGAGGAGAGUCAACCACCGAUACCACAUCCUCAACAACAACAAGACCAACGAGCGUGGUCAGGUCCUGGAUCUGCUGGACAAGGUGGAGAAGAUGGUUGCUGCCAAUGGAGGAGAGUUUUACUCCAACUACACCUACCAGCAGGUGGUGACGAUGCUGGACCAGAGAGAGGAGGAGCUCAGAGAGCUCUACCAGAAGAAACUGGAGCAGGAAGUAAAAGCUGUGGAGUCAAAGUACGAGGAGAAGCUGAAGGAGGCUCGAGAGGAACGACAGCAGGUGGAGGAACGACUGAAGUCUGAGCUGGAGGAGGUGAAGAGGUACUACCACGCUUUAGAGAGCGGAGUCCGUCAUGUGGUGGAGCAGACUGUGGAAACUGACUCCUUAGAAAAAAUAGUCAAGUUCCAUCAGACUCUGAGACUGAACUGAAGCCUCAGUGUUUGUCAUUGGUCAAACUGACGUCACAAGUUAGAUCACUUCCUCUGCCUCUGAUGAACUCCUGAUCGCUGUGAUGUGGUGACACCUAUUGGAGGAAACAUGCAACAGCAGGGCCUGUGAGCACCAACACACCACCAGGAGAGGACACACAGUCAGUUCAUUUUUCAUUCAUUCAUCCUCCACAUUAUCAAAGUUUUUAUUUUAAGGUGAAAAACGUUGAUCAGAAACCUUCAGCACUCAGUCUUAUACGCUCAGACUGCGUCCUCAUCACUAACACUAUCUUUUUAGCUCUGUAUCAGAAAUUAUCUCUGUCCAGACUAACACACCUGAAAACACACACAUACCUGAGCAAUCACCUACACUGAGCAUGUGCGAGCCGGUGUAAACAGGAAGUAGAUCGUCUCCUCUGAUGGAGGAACAGCAAAAACAGUUGUAGCAUUAAAACAGAGAAUGUAAGUGAACAACAGCUGCAAAGACAACAAGGUCAAUAACACUGUCAUUCAUCAUCAUGUUGUUUUCACCACUGGUAGUCCAGGCUGAUGACAGCCAAUCAGGAGAGACUGUGGCUGUGACUUCAUCAAUUACAAAGGUCUCAGUUUCUGUCCAGACUACAACACUUUUAAUGCUCUGAAACUACAGUCGUGCGGACGGAGGAGAAAACGUAGCAGAAGAGAUGAGUUUAAAAUGAAAACGUAGCAGUGUGGACGUAGCCUUAAACACACCACCGCCAGGCCAAAGAAACCUGGCUCUUCAACCCCUACAAGAGCAACCACGCUCCCAGCACCAGGUCACACUGCUGCUACCUGGAACCACAGCUCACCUGCUCACCAGCAACAGGAGAGUUAGCAUGUAGCGGCUAACUGUAGGAACACAUAGGAAACCAGUGAGCUCCUCAGAGACAGUCAGACAGGUCUCCACUCCACCAGGAAGUAACACAACUCACUGGACUUUAAACACAACAGUGGAAGAGACUGAAGGACUGGGUAAAGACCGGGCUAACCUCAGCUAGCACACCACAGCUACGCAUCACAACUGUUUACGUUUGUUAAUGUACUUACUGAGCUUGUUGUUGUGAUGUCUGCUCACGUUGUCCCUCCCCCACACACCAUGUGGUCUCAGCGGCCAUCUUUGAGUCCACCGUCUUGUGUCUUUUCCUUUGUUUACCGCAAUCUUGUUUGUAGUCUUAAAGGCCGUGUGGUCACAGCACACACACACACACACACACGUAUAUAUUUAUUAGACAUUGUAUGUUCUAUUUUUACUAUCCUUGUAAAUAAAUGUCUGAGUAUCUGC